GCGGCGAACAAAGGGCCAGCGCUGCGUCCCGCCGGCGCCCGCCCGACAUGGCGUCCCUCGGCCUGGGGGGGCUCGGCGCCGCAGCGCGCAGGAGGAGCGUCCCGGCGCGCAACGCCGCCGUGGAGCGGCGGAACUUGAUCACGGUCUGCAGGUUUUCAGUGAAGACCCUGAUCGACCGUUCCUGCUUUGAGACUAUUGACGAUUCCUCCCCCGAAUUUAAUAAUUUUGCAGCCAUUCUGGAGCAGAUUCUGAGCCAUCGACUGAAAGGUCAGAUCACCUGGUUUGGCUAUGAAAGUCCUCGUAGCUUCUGGGACUACAUUCGAGUCGCUUGCCGCAAAGUCUCUCACGAUUGCAUCUGCAGCAUUGAGAACAUGGAGAAUGUCAGCUCUUCUAGAGCUAAGGGUCGAGCCUGGAUCAGAGUAGCACUUAUGGAAAAACACUUGUCUGAAUACAUUUCUACAGCUCUGAGAGACUUCAAAACAACCAGGAGAUUUUAUGAAGACGGAGCAAUCGUUCUUGGUGAAGAAGCGAAUAUGCUUGCUGGCAUGCUGUUGGGACUCAAUGCAAUUGAUUUCAGUUUUUGCUUGAAGGGUGAAGGAUUGGAUGGCAACUUUCCAGCUGUCAUAGAUUAUACACCCUAUCUGAAAUUCACCCAAAGUUCCGACAGCAUCAGCAGUGAUGAAGAAGAGCUAAGGACACUGGGCAGUAGUGGCAGUGAAGGCAGCACGCCAGAGAACAUUGGUCCUCCCUUCAUCAUGGAUGAAAAUAGUUGGUACAACAAAUGCAAAAGGGUGGAACAGAAAUAUCGGCUUGCGCUGGAGCAGAAGGGUUACCUUGAAGAAUUGGUACGACUUCGAGAAAAUCAGCUGUCUGAAUCUGUCUCACAGAAUAAACUGUUGUUACAAAGAAUUGAAGAUAUGGAUCUAGCCCAUAAAAUGGAGAAGGAACAGCUGGAAUAUAUCAUUGUGGAACUGCAGGAUCAGUUGACUGUGCUGAAGAAUAAUGAUUUGAGAUCAAGACAGGAACUGACGACUCACCUCACCAAUCAGUGGCCUUCCCCAGGAGCUCUGGACGUUAAUGCUGUUGCCUUGGACACUCUGCUCUACAGAAAGCACAACCAGCAGUGGGAUGAGAAAAGUUUUCAAAGCUUGGACCAGCUCUCAGCAGAUGUUAGUCUUUCUCAAACAUCUCUGGAUCCAGGUCACUCCCAAGAUGGAAAGCAGGAUGGACUGAACUUGCUAAAUGAAGGGAAGGAAGACACCCCGUCACUGCUUGGCCUCUGUGGUUCCCUCACUUCCGUAGCAAGCUACAAAUCUCUCACCAGUCUGAAGUCAAGUGAAUAUCUCGCAAGUCCCACGACAGAGAUGACAAGUCCAGGCUUAACUCCGUCUUGAGCAGAUACACACGACACCGAGGAGCUUCUGUGCUCAAACUGGCUGGCUGCACUCCAGCCACGGUGCUUCUUUGCAGUGCUUUAAAUAUCUGUCGGCUCCUGCAGAAGAGACAGGGACUCCUGAACUUCCGUCUUUGUAAGCAAAUGAAUAUUUCACUUAGAAAUACAGCUUUCUGUCUGCAUAUGUUACAUAGGACCUCAGCUUGCRUAUUUAAUCUAUCAGUAGGUCUCCUCAAGUUGAGCAUUGAAUUUGCAUUCCAGUUAUCAACAUCGUAGCACUUAGGAGCUGUAUGAGUCACAGUGAAAGAUCACCCUGAAACAUCUCUUGAUAAUUCUGGCAGUUGCAUGAGAGUAACAAGUGCAAGUUCAUCAUCUCAACCAGGCAAACUUAGCCAUUGGUACGUGCUCAAGCAGCUUGCUAAAUGCUUUCGAGUGACCUGAGCUAGGGAUAGUAUAKAAUUAUGAGAAACAUCCUGAUUUAUUGGCAUUGUGUUGCCUUGCUGGAAAGAUGGGGACUGAGUUUAUUGGGAAUAUCCCGGGGAGCGUGACAGAAGGGGGAGCAAUGAAAAUGCAAACUCAUUGCAAAAUGCAAAAACACAUGAGUAUUCUCAUGUGAAAGAGUUUUCUCAUUCCUGUAGUAGGGCAAUAGGUCUUUUUCUUAAUUAGGUAAUAUGCUAGAACUUAUUUAAAUCAGUGUUCUCAAAUGGUUUGUCAUGGAUUUAAAUUACUGAUACGAAUUACCUGCGACAUUUUUUUAAAUAAAACAAACUUUACAGAUUACCCGCCAGUUUCAAAGUUUGCAAAUUAAUUUUUUAAUUGCAAACURUAUUAUUCUUAAUUCUUUAUAAGAUAUAAUGAAGCCUUUAUCUAUGAAUUUUGCUAAUCUAGGUAAUGCAUAUCAGUCCGAUUGGUAACUUUUUAAGCAAAACUUAAGUGCAUGUAUGUUGUAUUUAUAAGUGCUAGGGAAAAUGCUUUUUUGUGCCAAAGAAGUUUCAUAAAUUGUUUACAUGAGUAGCUGCAAUACUCCGAGAUCUUAAAUCCUUGCUUUCUUGUAGAUGUUUACAACACAUCACCACACGCCGUUCACUUGUAGUUGCUUUGCCUCUUGUUCUGGUACCCCUGGCACUACUGCCCUAGGCUGGCCGUUUGCAGGGGGGCAAAAGGAGGAGGGUGCAGCCUCACCGUGCCUAAAAACCAUGGGAAUGGGCAGCCUCCGGGAGCACAAACCUCCUCAUGGAUGCAGGAGGCUCGAGAGAUUCUCCUCGACUCUCCAGGCCCCAGUGCUGCAAGUUACUGCACCCAGGGCAGGGUAGAGCAGCUACUGAUGCCUUUUUAGUGCAGUCUUUUACAGCAGCACAGCAAAAUCCACCAGACCUUCAAGCCCUCAUGUGCCGACCCCAGUGAAUCAGUCUGUGUAAUAAAUUCUGACCAUUAAGUCUUCUCCUACACCGUCGGAAUGUCUCUUGCUUCCUGAAACAGCCUUUUUUUAGUUAUUGCAUCAGGUAGAGAGAAAUUGCUGUUCUCUCAUGGCAGUUCAGUAGUGUUGUUACYUACUCAUUUGUAAACUAGAGAUGUGUUUUUACUACAAAUCCAGCGAGGGAAUCGGGAUGGCCGGAGUCAACGUUCCCCAUCAAGGUACAGUGAUUUCAUCCCUCUUGUUUGCUGUUCAGCUCCUCUCCCACUGCAGCAAUGGCUUGGAGGGGGCUGUAAUCAUGAUUUUCAGUCAUGGCAGCGGAUGGCUCUUUUCUUGGAGCUACUGGUGUGAAAGUUAAGUGUCAUUUAGCUUAAGUCUUUUAUGUAG